GGAGACACGACAGUAGAUAGCGGAACUCAAAUUAAGACCUAACGGUCUCACGGCUCAUGUCUUUUAAAAACACAAAACGUCCCGCUGAGCUGUAACGUCUGUUCCAGCGAAUUCGUCAGCGCAGUGUUAUUGUUUGAAUGACAAUUUUGUAUAUUUUAACCGCGCAUAUAUCUAAAUGAAGCACUUUAUGUACUAUAUUAAUACAUUAAAUGCACUGCUAGAGUAUUAAGGCUCAGGCUAGAUACGAAGUUGUAAACUUUUACAACGAAACAUGACUUUUAUCUGCCGUUCUGUUGGUUUGCUGUGAGUAAAAACACUUAUUUGUCUUUUUCUUAACGUAUAAUUUCGUCAGGGCAGUAGAAGUGCGCUGCAUAUUUACGUUUUCGUUCUGACAGGCCCACAUAAAUCCGUUUUGAAAACCCUUUUAAACUGUGACCUCAGCUCCGAGGGAGGUUUAACACGCCCCUCUCUCCAAAAAGUCUGUUUCUCGUGCAUGAGUGGCUCAUUUGAAUCUAGUGAGAGAGGAGGUGAAGAGCUCCGUUCCUCGGCGUUAUUAGAGCUGAUAGUCUCUUAUCUCCGCAUCCGAGACACGCUCCCGCUAAUCGCACAUCACUGGCACCGUGAACGCUGACUUCCCAAUGAUAGAAGAGGGAAAGCCUUUCUGCCUUUGAGGCGAUCAGACAGAAAACGGAGACAUACCUGGAGGUUCUCCAGUAGAAGUUCGGAACGAGAGAAAAAGAGAUAGAAAGAAAGAAUAGUGUUAUUAUAGUAUUUUUUUUCCUACAGAUUAGCCAAUUUGAAACAACGUCAAAAAAUGACUAGAAGAUCUUGUGCCAUUUACGCCACCGGGAUCGUGUGCGCUCAUUUGCUCAUUUUGGGAAUCGCCCUUCUGGUGGCUCAAGUCUUCCAAACAAUGAUUCAGGAACGGAUAAAAAAGGAGAUCACACUGGCUGAGAACAGUAGAGUAUUGGAGGGCUGGAUAAGUCCACCACCACCUGUUUACAUGCAGUAUUUCUUCUUCAAUGUUACCAACCCAGAUGAGUUUUUGGCUGGGAAGGAGAAGCCCAAAGUCACUCAGAUAGGGCCAUAUACCUACAGGGAAUAUCGACCCAGGGAAAAUGUCACUUUUCUUGAGAAUGGGACGAAAAUCUUUGCCACAAAUCCCAAGAGCUUUGUGUUUCUUCGCAACAUGUCAUCGGGAGAUCCUGAGGUUGACCGUGUGAUAACGGUUAACAUUCCAUUCAUUGCCGUGAUGAACGAGUUAAACUCCUACUCCUUCUUUCUGAGGUCUGCUGUGUCUAUGUGGAUGGGAUCCAUGGGCAUCGAGGUGUUUAUGAAUCGCACAGUCCAUGAGGUCCUUUGGGGUUUUAAAGAUCCGCUGCUGUCCAAGCUCCACGCCUUGAGACCAGAAGUGGAUGAGCAUUUCGGCCUUAUGUACAAUAAAAAUGGAACCCAUGAGGGUGAAUUUGUCUUCCACACUGGAGAGAAGAACUACAUGGACUAUGGCAAGAUUGACACGUGGAAUGGCAUCAGUCAGAUGAACUGGUGGUCGUCUAACCAGAGCAACAUGAUCAAUGGUACCGAUGGCAGUGUCUUCCACACCUUCCUGUCCAGGAAAGAGCUCCUCUACAUCUUUGCUGCUGAUCUAUGCCGAUCCAUUCAUUUGGGUUACGUGGCUGACAAAGAGGUGAAGGGCAUCCCUGCCUUCCGCUUCGCCCCUCCUUCAGAUGUUCUCGCUCCCCCAGAUGUGAACCCCAGUAACGCUGGCUUCUGUGUGCCUGCUGGGGAUUGUCUAGGAAAAGGAGUCCUCAAAGUCAGCGUCUGUCGGCAAGGUGCACCCAUUGUUGUGUCAUUCCCUCAUUUCUACCAAGCCGAUGAGAAGUACAUCAAUGCCAUCGACGGAAUGAACCCAAAUGAGGAAGAACACGAAACAUACCUCGACAUCAACCCGACCACAGGGGUUCCCAUUCGUGCCUGUAAGAGAGCUCAGCUCAAUGUCAUACUGAAGCGAGUCUCUGGCUUCCCCAAAACAAAGUUCCUGAAUGAGACCAUUUUCCCCAUCAUGUAUGUCAAUGAGACGGCAACCAUCGACGAUGACUCUGCAGCCCAGAUGAGGACACUUCUACUGAUUGUAACAAUUGUGUCCAACUUCCCAGUCAUCAUUGUGGCACUGGGGGCCAUUUUACUUGUGGUCCUAAUCUUCCUCGUCUGCAGGAACCGCCAGAGAAAGAAUGAAGUAAAACGUAUUGAUUUUACUGAAGCUUUUCAUUCUUUUGCUACGGCGAAGGAUGAAACUGCUUAUACCCAAGUGAGCAACCAAGCGGAGGAUUCGCCAGAGAACCGCACCAAUCAGCCUUCAAGGAACGGAUCUUACAUCGCCAUGUCGCCAGUAGAGGCGCAAAAGUGUUGAUGAAGAGGACUGGUGGAGUCUCACCUGAGGACAUCACGUCUAUCCUCCACACCCUUUUUUUUAUGUUAGUUUUCACUGUGCGAUUCUUCUUUGGGGACCAGGCCUCCGCACGCUCACCACCGUUUGCCAAGGGUCACUUAUUUGACUCGUGUCUUUUUUGUUUCUUUGAGCAUGGCCUUUCAAACUGCCAUAUCUUCGAUCAAAACCUAUGUUUACUCAAAGCACCCACUUCAGUUUCAAACAACCGUCUCUGGGUUUCCAGAGGCUUCUGUUGCCUAGUCCCGAGAGGCCUGAAACACACUCUCUUGCCUUUUGAAAACGGAUAUAUGCAUUGCAUGCUCACAGAGUCCAUAGUUCCUGUAGGGUCAUAAACCCUUUCAGCAUAAGAGAGCUUGAAGGGUUCGCAGCCUGUGCUCUUAAAGUGUUUCAGAUCUCUUCCCACACUACUGUAUACAGGUCAAAACAGGCAGGCCUUGAACUAACACAGCUCGCCAUACAUCAAACCCUUUGAUAAUGAGCAGAUAAACUAUUGAUUUACCUCCUCUUAAGAGUAUUAGAGAGCUAAAAGGUCUAAUAUGCUAACAAAAAACUGGGUCUUAUCCAGAACUUGUGUGUGUGUCUGAUUGUACAUACCAGAAUGUGUGUGUGUGUGUGUGUGUGUGUGUGUUUCUGCAGGCAUGUCAGUGCUUGCAUGUGUUUGUCACACUGUGGUGAACUGCUCUGGUGGGUCACUGUCCACCGUUUUGCACGAUGCAGUGUGACAUCAAGUGGAAACUAGUGACUUCAGCGGUCCUCUUCAUUUCACAGUAUCAGAGUCGUUUUUUUCUGAUGCCAGAAACAUUUCAGUGAUGAUGGCUGGUCAGACAGUCUCCUUUAAAGCAUUGUAUUACAGACAUCAUACUAGCUUUCAGCAUUUCAUAAUGAAAGAACAACAGACGUAGAACACUUACAAGUGAGACUUGAAUUGUUCUGCCUUACAAAUACUUAUGAACACAAUGUGAUUCUGCUGCAUGGUAAAGGAAGGCAUAAGAUGGAACUAGACGAAAUGUCAGACAGAUAAUGGCCAAUCAGUGGCGGACUUUGAACUACACAGCAAAACACGUCUGUUCUGUAAUAUCGAGAGCACAACUACAGUCCAGCGAACCCACAGUCGAAUCAGAGUGGAAGGGGUUGAAGGUCAGCAGGUUUUUAAGGGGUUAUUGGUGAAGUUUGCACAUUUUUUCUGUGCGUGUUUGGUUUAUAUUAACCCUCUGUGGCUAAAAGAGACUCUAGCACUUGAAUCACUGCUUGUGUCUGUUGAGUUUAUUUUUGUGUUGCUUUUUCUGUCCUUGAUGUUCCGAGCCUUCGCUAUUGCUAAAAAUGAAUCGAGGCCAUAUUUUAAAUCGACUUGAACAGGAUGUGAUAGCUGCACACUUUACAAAAUAUCACUAAAGGUGAAUUGUCAUAUUCGUUUCUAUUUGUCUAAAUUAAUCUUUUUGGUUGCCAUAACCCAUGAGUGCGUUUCAACUCAAAUGUAUGGGUAAAUCAUUCCCAUUUUGGUGAUGCUUGUUGGAAUGAUUGAUAUUUGUUACUUUUAUUUGAUGUAAACCAUCUGUUACUAAUUGCGACCGCGGUUUUCGUGGAUUGCAGUGCACACUGUUGCGUAUUUGCCUGUGCCAUGGAUUUAGCUUAUCUUAAAGAUUUAGUGCAAGGUUUAAACUGGAAACACUGUGUAUGUGCCGUGUCUUAUAAAGCUGUAUGAGAACAGAAAAGUGAGGGAAAGUAAUUCAAGCUUUAGUGUAAUUAACUACCAAUCCAUUGGAGUGGCUCUUUGAGUUUUGUUGUCAGCGCAGUUAGUAUAUACGUUGAUGUAAAAAUGGUCUUUGCUCAGCUCCGUCUGUAAAAGACCAAGCUGGACUAUUGUGGUGAGACGUUACAUGUGACUUGAGGAUGAACGAUUUAAGAACCUGAGCCAUUUCUAUAGUUUCCAGAUUCCUUAUGGUGACUUUUGCCCCUAUAUGCUUGACCAAAGAUUACAUCGGUUUUGUAGAUAACUGGUUUGUUUGCUUUCCACACAGAUAGCUGUAGUGCCAGCGAUUUCCCAUUUACAAGAGCAUUAGAACCUCGAGGGCAAAUUAACAAACAUUUUGGGGAAAAAAAGUCACAAAAUAUUUUCCAGAGCAUACUAUGUGUGUUUAUAAUGUGUUUAAUACAGCAAAGAACUUAAGAUGUAUGACGAUAUGUAAAAAGCAAAUUUUAUAAUGAAGUAAAAAGGUUUUGUAAUCAGACAGAUGAAUAUUUAUGUAUUCAUAUGUUCAAUGGUAUGUACAUUAUCUGAAUUUCUAAGGUCUUUUCUUUGGUCUUGUUCAUUUCUAUUUUUUUUUAUUAUUUUGUAAUAUUACAAGUGGGGUCAUCAAACACAUUUCUGUUUUCUUUUUUUGUUUUCCUUAAGAUUUAUGAAGUAGCACCAAGUGAAUAUUGGUCUAAAUUCGAGAUGGAACGGUGUAUGUGGUUGUAAAAACUGUUAACUUGGAUGGAGGAAGGCUUGUGUUGUAUCUGUGGGGUGUGAGCCUAUGUGUAAUGAUCUCCUGUUAUACAACUCUCAAGCUGUCAACACACUGUUUGUCCAACUGGAAUAACAAGGGGAAGGCUGAGAGUCUUUGAGUUCCACUUAGGAAGAUUGCCAUAGUGCCAUGUUGGGUACAAGGGAAAUUUCCACUUGCAAUCUAACCUUUUUUUUUCUUUGACGAAUGAUGCCCUCUUUCAGGGAUGAGCUUUUAGUGCCAUACCAUCCUUGUUUAUUUCACUUGCUUUAGUAGCAAAAUGUUUAAGCAGUGUAGCAGUUUUAUUUUUUAUUUUACAUUUUUUGGGGGGCUGGUAAAUUCCUCACAACAUCUUUGAGGGUGGUUUUAAAAACACUGAACACUUCGUGUCCUCCUGAGAUGCACUGCGUUUUUUGCUGCUGAGAAUGACAAUCCUUAUUUCAUGUUAGGUGCAAAAUAAUUUCAAGUAAUAUUCAUUUUUAGUUUUGAUAAUUUACACUGCACAAAUCUUUCUACAAUGCUUUUGUAAACAUUUUUAGUGUUAUUUGCAAAAAAAUAAAAUAAAAUAAAAUUGUUGAAA